CAUUUUAGCAAAGAAAGACAUUUCUACUGGAGCUGCGCCAGCAGCAGUUCGAGGCAGCCCUCAAGCUGAUGCAACGUGCCACGGCCAUGCCCAAGCGGAAGGUGGCGUAACACGACGACUCGGAGACAGUGCAGUCGCGCCUCCACAGUUCCCUGUGGUCCAUGUACGCCGAUCUGGGGGAGUCCUUUGGCACCUUCAAGACCUGCAAGGCCGUCUACGAGAGCAUCAUCGACCUGAAGAUGUGCACGCCGCAGGUUAUCAUCAACUAUGGCAUUUUCCUCGAAGAGCACAACUACUUCGAGGAGGCCUAUCGGGCCUACGAGAAGGGCAUUGCCCUGUUUAAGUGGCCGAAUGUGUACGACAUCUGGAACUCGUAUCUAAGCAAGUUCCUCGCGCGCUACUGGGGCACAAAGCUGGAGCGGGCCCGCGACCUCUUCGAACAGUGCCUGGAUCAGUGACCCGCUGAGCAAAACAAAUACUUUUACCAGCUCUACGCGAAGCUGGAGGAGGAGCACGGCUUGGCCCGGCAUGCCAUGUCCGUCUACGAUCGCGCCACGUCCGCCGUCAAGGAAGAGGAGAUGUUCGACAUGUACAACAUAUUCGUGAAGAAGGCCGCCGAGAUCUACGGCCUGCCACGCACCAGGGAGAUCUACGAGAAGGCCAUCGAGGCUCUGCACGAGCAGCAUAUGCGCCACAUGUGCGUCAAAUUCGCCGAGCUGGAGACGAAGCUGGGCUAGGUGGAUCGAGCCAGGGCCAUCUACGCCCAUUGCUCACAGGUGUGCGAUCCCCGCAUCACGGCGGACUUCUGGCAGACCUGGAAGGAGUUCGAGGUGCGUCAUGGCAACGAGGAUACGAUGCGUGAAAUGCUGCGGAUCAAACGUUCCAUUCAGGCCACCUACAACACUCAGGUCAACAUGAUGGCUGCCCAGUUUGUCAACACGAACACGAAUGGUGUGGCUGCCGAUGCUGGUGCUGGCUCCGGACCGGAUGCCAUGCGGCUGCUCUAGGAGAAGGCCCGCCAGGCGACGGCCGAGGCCAAGCAGAAGCCCGCCGAGAAGGCUGCCUCCAAUAUCAUGUUUGUGCGUGGCGAGACCCAGGGCGGGGCCAAGGGCAAGGAAAAUACAGUCGUCAAUCCGGAUGAGAUUGAUAUUGGCGACAGCGAGGACGACGACGACGAUGAGGAGGAGGACCUGCAGCAGCCGAGUGGAGACCAGGCCGAGGCAGGCCAGGCCACAACCAAAACCGAUGACGAGGGCCUCAUCAUGAAGAAAAUGCGCUUCGAACAAAAGGCCAUACCGGCCAAGGUCUUUGGCAGCCUCAAGCCGACAAAUCAAUCCGAUUCCGAUGAGGGAUAAAUCUUUUGUUUCUUUUGAUUACGCGAAAUAUAAAUGUAUGUCUGUGGAAUACUUCCCUCGA